AAGCAUGUCCUUUCUAGAGGGUAUUAUAUCCAAUCUCAGCUGCUUACGCCUCUUGGAUCUUAGGAGUCUUUGGUUUGAAGAGUUGCCAAAGUCGAUUGGGAACCUGAAGCAUUUGAGAUAUCUUGACUUGUCAGAUAAUCCCAUCAUGAAAUCACUUCCAAAUACAAUAUGUAAUCUAUUGAAUUUGGAAACAUUUCGUAUCUAUGGAUGUAAGCAAUUAAAAGAGCUACCAAGGGAUAUACAUCAAUUGCAAAGCUUAAAGUUUUUCAUUGUGACAACAUGUCAAGAGAGCUUAGUUAACACCAAACUCAAUGAAUUAAGCUCUCUACAAUCCUUACAUUUUAAUUCAUGUGAGAGUUUGAUCUCGUUGUGGGACAGUGAUAAUAUUUGGCUCCUUAACUCCCUCAAAAUCCUGUACAUCGUUAACUGUCCAAAAUUGACAAGUCUUAUAAAAGAUAUGAAGUACCUUGUUAACCUUCAGGUAUUAGAAAUAAGAAAUUGUGAAGAGUUAGAUAUGAACAAGGGAGAGGCCCUUCAAGGCCUUCAAAGCCUCCUACGUUUGGUGAUCCAGAAUGUAAAAAUGGCAAGCCUUCCAAAUGACAUACAAUCUGCUGCAACUUCUCUUCAAUAUCUUUUUUUUUUAGAUUGUGAAGGUUUAGUGGAGCUUCCAGAUUGGUUACAUUGUUUCACCUCUCUCGGGGUUAUUCAUAUAAGAGAUUGUCCAAAUGUGUUGGGUUUGCCCAAAUGCAUUAGCCAGAUCAACUCUCUAAAAAGAGUCACAAUUCUGAAAUGCCCAAACCUAUCAAUAAGAUGCGCUGUACCAGAUGGAGAAGACUACCCUCUCAUACGACACAUUCCCGAAUUCGUUCUUGAUGGCGUCACAUUUACUGCAAAUCAAAGCCACUGAAAAAGAUUUUAAGACCACCGUUUUUCAAUCCGGCUGUUGGAGCAAAUUUCUGGUAGUAUUUGAAUACUCAAGGGUGUAUAUUUGUUUAAGUCGUUUUUCUGUAUAAUAUAAUGGUUGAUGCUAUGGUAUUUAUCCUUUUUUUGCUUUGUAGGAGUUACAUGGUUUUACCUUACUAUUAAAGUAAGGGUUUUACAUGUAACAAACGAUUUAUUUUUGUUGUUCUGGGUUUACUUUGAUUAUAUGUUGUUCUGGGUUUACUUUGAUUAACAUUCGAGUAAUGGUGUUUAAGUUGGUAUGUGAAACAAGAUUGUAUUUGCUUACAAAUAAACAUAAGAACGCAUGCAUACUAGUGGCCGUGUUUGGUA